UUACUUUGACAUUCUUUGUUCACUGUUCAGUUCAGCAACUGUACUGGCUUCUGGUUUUGUAUUUUUGUUCGUUAUUACUUGAAUUUAAUACACUGUUUCCAAAAAGCGAAUCCGUAGGAUUUUAACAAGUUAAUAUCACCUACUCGUGUCGUUGCAAGUAAAACUGUUGAGGAUUUUGAGAUUUAUAGGAUUAUUAAAAAUGCCCGCUGAAACACACCCAAUCCUAAAAUUCACACGUCUGAGUGAACAUGCUUUCGCUCCUGUACGUGGUUCCGAGAAGGCUGCUGGUUUCGAUCUGAAGAGUGCUUAUGACUAUGUAGUUCCUGCUCGUGGCAAAGAAGUAGUGAAGACUGAUUUGCAGCUUGAACUGCCCUCAGGAUGUUAUGGCAGAGUGGCCCCUCGCUCUGGCCUGGCGGUAAAAAACUUCAUUGAUGUUGGAGCUGGGGUGAUCGACGAAGACUAUAGAGGAAAUGUUGGAGUAGUGCUCUUUAAUCAUUCCGACCAAGAUUUUAAGGUGACUAAAGGUGAUCGAAUUGCACAGUUGAUUUGUGAAAGGGUUUACUAUCCAGAUCUUGUUGAAGUUGGGAGUUUGUCAGAAACAAAGCGAGCCGAUGGAGGAUUUGGUUCUACAGGAACUCAAUAAAAUGAUAAACUUAAAUUUCUUUUUGUGAUACUUCUUUUUAAUGUUAAAAUUAUAGAUAUGUAAGGCAUUACAUUUAAUGCAUAAAA